AUGAAGAAGGAGGUUUGCUCUUGUUUGCGAGCUCGACUUAUAGAAUCCCUCAUUCAAUUAGCUCAGGAUCUUCAAGUUUCUCCUAUCGUCAAAUACUCAACGUUGUCUCUUUUCGCCGAUCGAUUCUGCCCAUCUCUUACCGGAGAAGGAACUAAGGAUGCUAAGAGCUGGCUCUUACGGCCUCUGAGAAAAAGCAAUUUGCAGCUAUUUGCACUUGUUGCAAUAUGGAUCUCAAGCAAAAUACACGAUUCUCCUUCUCUAAGUGUCAAAUCCUUCAAGUCUCUGGCUGACAACACCAUUAAAGAGCAGCAUUUUACAACGAAGAAUUUUCUGAAAGUUGAGCUAGUGUUAAUGUAG